UUUGAGGUGGAGAGUGCAGAUGAGGAACUGAGGUUGAAGGAAUGCGAUUCACCCAAGGCUGCAAACCGAGUCAGCUGCUAAUGUGGGAUUUGAAAUAAAAGCAGCUACCCAGGGCUUCGAGGCUUCUCAUCGUAACCAGCUCCUCCUGCUGGUGGAGGGGGGCAUUACAUUGCUAGCCUAGGGAUUUUCUGGUUGAUUGAGAAGGUAAUGGCGAGUGGGAAGAAUCAAGGUCCAAGUGGAAGGCCCGAGGGCCAAACCCCAUGCUGCAACCAAGAUGCAGUCAGAAGGGAGGCUGGGGCCAAGUUGAAAGGUGAGGCCCUGAAAGAGAACCGACCUCCCCCUGACCAACUAAGGUCAGCCAGCCGGGACAAACCGUGGGCCUGCCCUGAUGGCACGUUUGUCAAAUUGGUCUUGGAGGCUGGUACAGGUGUGGAUAAGCCAAAAGAAGGUUCCAUCUGCCAGGUCUUCAUUGAGGCUGAGCCAGGAGGUCCCUUGAGCUACCCAUCUCACAGCUGGGCUGAGGUGGAGCUUGGUGCAGGUGACGCCGAAUGGGAUGGAGCCAUGGACCGUUGCCUGGAGACCAUGCUGACUGGAGAACGAGCAGAACUGAGGCUAACGGGAGGCGGCAGCAUUAUUGUCCAGCUGGCCAGCUUCACGCAGACCAAGGACUCCUGGGAGAUGAGUGCCAGCGAGAAGUGGAACCUGGUCAUCCGCAACAAAGAGCACGGCGGCAAGCUCUACCGGGCUACAGGGAUAUGCGGCCACGAAGCGUGACCAGGCGCUUUCACAGCCAAGGCCACCAAGAAGGCUGCUGGUGGCAGCUGCUACUUGCAAAGCCCAGACUAUGACCAGAUUAAAGCUGAGCUCCACGCCAACCUGGCCGCCUGUCAGCUGAGACUGCGCCAGCCGGCCAACGCUGCUUGCAACUGUACCAAGACGUUGGCAUUGCAGCCAACCAACACUAAGGCACUGUUUCGACGCGGCUUAGCUUACGAUGCCAUGAAUGACCUGGAGGGGGCAGCGCAAGAUCUGAAAGAUGUGUUACGCGUGGAGCCAGGGAACCGGGCAGCCCGACGGGAGCUAGACAGGGUAAUGGAGAGGAUAAAGGCACGGGACGCCAAACUGGCGCGAGCCAUGCAGAAAAUGUUUGGUUGAAUAAAAGGAUUAACCCACA